GUUAAACCGCAAGACGGAGCCACUCAGGGGUAGAGAGGGCACUAAAGGCCAACUAGUAUUGAUCCUUUUUCACAUAACACCUGGACAGGGUCAGAUGUGAUCCUAAUUCCCAUCACCCUCACCCAUCGUCUACCAAACCCACCGGCCACCCAUCUCACCAAGCCUCGCACCCUAUCCAUCCAUCACCAUGCCCGAGGACACAGCUCAACACCACCACCACCAACACCAACAUGACCAACCCCACCUCUCUACCAAGGCCCUGGCCGCGUGGGAGACCAUCGCAGGCUACUGGGACCGCACCAUCUCCCGGGACGGCAACAACUACUGGCAGCGGCUGCAGGAGCCGUGUCUGGCACGGUUCCUGCCGGAUGCCCGUGUGCGGGGAUGCAAGGCGCUGGACCUGGCCACGGGCAACGGCCUGGUCGCGCGCUGGCUUGUUGCCCGUGGCGCGCGGCGUGUCCUGGCUACGGACGGGUCUGAGAACAUGAUUCGUAUCGCGAGGGGGUACUGGGAGGCUGCUGGUGGUGGUGUUUCUGGUGAGGGUGCUGGUGCGGGUGCGGGGGCGGGGGAACAGGAAAAGGGUAAGGAAGGUGAUGGUGGUGAGAUGGCGUUUCGUGUGGUGGACGUCACGCGGGAGGAGGAUCUGCGCGGGCUGGUGGCCGACGGGGAGCGCGGGUUUAAUGUGAUCGUCAUGAACAUGGCGAUUAUGGACGUGGCGACCAUCGAGCCGCUGGCGAAGGUGUUGAGUGCGGAGGGGGGGCUGUUGGCCAAGGAUGGGGUCUUCGUCGCGACACUGCUGCAUCCCGUCUUCUUCACGUCCGGCGUAUCGCGUAUCAUAGAGGUGCGCGACAACCACGCUACAGGCGAAAUCGAUGUCUUUCGCUCCAAGGUCAUCAAGGAGUAUUUGCACGUACGCCCCGCGAUGGGGAUUGCGGUUCCUGGCCAGCCGGUGAAGCAGGUCUACUUCCACCGGUCGAUGCACGAGCUCUUCUCGACCUUCUUCCGCGCCGGCCUGGUCAUGGAUGCCAUGGAGGAGCUGGCAUUUACCGAGGAGGAUGCGGUGGAUCGAGUCGAGUCGAACCAGAACUACACGCAGCUGCCCAGUAUUCUUGCAUUUCGGAUGCGUCUGCCGUAAGGGGCUGGUUAGCAUUGCAGGGGAAUUCCCAGCAGAGAACCAAAAAGUUCAGAUCUGUUUGUAACCAUUUCUAAGAGCACCUGAGUAGGAUUAUAUAUCAAAAUUAG